CAGAUCACCCCCACCUCGGAACCGCUCUAGUGGCGGCGACCCAUGUGGGGGUUCAGGUUCCUGCGGUCCCCGCCGCUGCUCCUCCUGCUGCCGCAGCUCGGAAUCGGAGACGCCUUGUCCUGCCUGCAGGCCAGAACCAUGAACCCGGGCGGCAGCAGUGGUGCACGAUGCUCCUCCGCGGUCGAGGGACGCCGCCAGCAGUGCCUGCAGUUGUCCACUGUGCCAGGAGCCGACCCGCAGCGCACUAACGAGGUGCUCCUGCUGACGGCAGUGAGAGAGGGAUCAGAACGGCAGGACCUCCCUAGGGACCCGGCAAAGGAGGAACCGCAACCGCCGCCCCAGCAUCACGUCCUCUAUUUUCCCGGGGAUGUACAGAAUUACCAUGAAAUUAUGACUCGUCAUCCUGAGAAUUACCAGUGGGAAAACUGGAGUCUAGAAAACGUUGCCACCAUUUUAGCCCACCGGUUCCCCAAUAGUUAUAUUUGGGUGAUAAAGUGUUCCCGAAUGCAUUUGCACAAAUUCAGCUGCUAUGACAAUUUUGUGAAAAGCAACAUGUUUGGUGCCCCAGAACACAGUACUGACUUUGGAGCUUUUAAGCACCUUUAUAUGUUAUUGGUUAAUGCUUUUAACUUAAGUCAGAAUGGUUUGCUAUCGAAGAAUGGCAAUGUUUGGAAUAAGGACUCCAAAACAUCUAACUGUAGAUCUAAUUCUUCUCCUACUACUAGUAAUGGUUGCCAGGGAGAAAAAGAGAGGACCUGUGAAAAAUCUGAUGAGUCUGCCCCGAGUUUUAAUCCACCAUCACUGAAUGGUGCAUCUUUUACUUUGAUUGGAUUCAGUAAAGGUUGUGUUGUUUUGAAUCAGUUGCUUUUUGAAUUGAAAGAAGCCAAGAAAGACAAGAACAUAGAUGGUUUCAUCAAAAGCAUAAGAACGAUGUAUUGGCUGGAUGGUGGUCAUUCUGGAGGAAGCAAUACAUGGGUUACAUAUCCAGAAGUCUUGAAAGAAUUUGCACAAACAGGGAUUAUUGUUCAUACCCACGUAACACCUUACCAAGUACGUGAUCCAAUGAGAUCUUGGAUUGGAAAGGAGCAUAAGAAAUUUGUUCAGAUACUUGAGGAUUUUGGUAUGCAGGUGACUAGUCAAAUUCAUUUUACAAAGGAAGCUCCUUCUAUAGAGAAUCACUUCAGGGUUCAUGAGGUAUUUUGAGACUACAAGAAUAUUAAUGUACUUGUUUAGAGGAAAAGCAUAUGCACUUUGAGUGCUGUAAAUUCAGAUAAUGACAUGUAAGAUGCAAUUCAUAAAUGCAUUGUCAGUCUGGGGGUUAGGGAGAAGCACACAUUCCUAAAAUAUGGGUGUAAUAUGCAAUAGUAUUCCUUGCUUGUGAUUGUGAACAGUUUUUAAUUUGGAUUGGGUUAGAUUAGUUAAUUUGAAAUCUAAAAAGGUGGUUUGUGAUAAUUCUAUGAGAAAAUAUAGGACCCUUAAAAAUGAAGGUUAAUGACAACUAAAAUUGCUGUUGUUGGAAAUAGUUGAUUCUUUGAGUAAUGUUUCAAACUAAAUUUGGUGACAUUAUAACAGCAGUUAGCUAUUUUGGCACUGAAAACUUGAGUGGAAGCACUUCAUUUCUCUUCAGACAAAGCAAAAGCACCCUGAUGUUUUCCAUCAUUUUGGAGUAACAAUCCUGCCUCUUACGUUUUAUAAACUUAUGAAUUCAUUCUUAAUGUACAACAAGUUUUUUUUUUCUUGAGAGUCAAAUAUAUUUCCAGUUCUCCAAGAAUGUGUAAUAGCAUAAAGCUGAUUUUUUAAGCUUUACACUUAUGCAC